UUUUUGUAUUUAUUCUGUUUUUAGAGCACAAGCAUAUAUGUACAUACAUAGGUACAUUUGUGUGCAUAUAUUAGCAUUUGUUGUUGGUGGAAAAUCGUAUUUUUCCUGUCAGCAGUGGUGUUUAUUUUAUAAAAUUGUGUUAAAAUUAAAACUUUGGUGCUAUAAAAUUGAAUUAUAAUUUAAAUAAAAUAGAAACAAUUAAAUAAAAUAAAAACGCCUAAAAUGAGCGUACAAAAGGGACUUACAACAAAAGGCAAAGAAAUGUACUUAUACGAAGGUUUUGAAUAUAUAUAUCAUUACACAGGAAAAGCAGCUACAAAAUAUGUGUGCAGAGAACUGCGAAAAUUUAAAUGUAACGCAUAUCUUAUUGUUAAUAGAAAAAAUGGUAUGGUAACUAUUCAUCGAAGACACAUGCAUAAUCCAAAAUUACAGGAAUUAAGGGAAGCGGAGCAAGCUGUAGAAAAAAUGAAGCGUGCCGUGGAAGUAAGAGGAGAAAAUCCAAAAUCUGUAGUGGAAAAUUUCCAACCAAACUUGUCUACGAAAGUUUUGCAAGAAAUGCCAUCUAUAUCAGCAUUGCAUAGAAGACUCUCGAGGGCAAAUUCGAGACAUUGUAAUGAAGAUGGAGUACCUGUAGGUAUGUUGCAGUAUCUGCUAUAUGAUUCAGGUACUUCAACUGAUGAUCGGAUGAUGAUUUUUUGCAAAACUGAAAUGGUACGGGAGUUCGAGAAAAGCGAUUUAUGGUUUUGUGAUGGAACUUUCAGAGUUGCUUCACAAAAAAUGGGUUUCAAGAAACUUUACACGGUACAUUUUUUCAAAAAUAAUUUCGCUUUUGCAAUAAUAUUUGCAUUGAUGCAAACAACAUCAAAAAAAGUAAUAUACGAAAAAUUUUUUGAGAUUAUUAAAAAUAAAUUAAAUCUAAGUUUUGGGCCAAAAAUGAUGAUAUGCGAUUUUGAUCACAGGGCAAUCAUAGCUUUCAAAUCGAAAUUUCCUGCAACACGAGUUGCAGGUUCCCAUUUUCUUCUUGGACAAAAUAUUAUUAAAAGUUUGAAAUCCUUUUCUCUUUAUAAAUUAUACGAAGAGGAUGCGGCAUUCAAAUUUUUAAUUCAGAAACUAUAUUGUUUGAGUUUAUUACCUCCACGUGAGGUACGUACAGCUUUCUAUCUCCUUUGUGAAAUCGAAUUUACUGAAUACCAAGAACUACCGGCAGUUGACAAAUUCUUAAAAUGUUUCAGAAGGUAUUAUAUUUCAUCUCGAGCUGUAUACCCAAUAAGCUUUUGGAACCACAAUCAAACUGUUUUGGAUGGUUAUCCGAAAACUAAUAAUUUCUUGAAUGGUUUGCAUAAUAUCCUACACAAUAAUUUCCAGAUUGAUCCUACACUUCCAAAUUUUUUCAAGACUGCGUUUAAACAGAUGGAUUUGCAGUAUGAAAAAUUAGUCAAACCUCCUGAGUCAUGCUACCCCUCCAACAAAUAUAUCCAGUUGCCUGAGAAGUUAAAAGAGCUGUUGGAAAAUUAUGUUCUCACUGAUGGGCAGCAAAGAAGUACGGAUGACAUAAUAACAUUUCUUGGAACAGCUGCCCUUUUAACUCCAAUUAAAGAUGUAUCCCCGAUUUCUGCCUCCGAUUAGUUUUUAGUUAAACAUACUUAGUGGAUUAGGCCUAUUGGGGACAGCACUCAAAAAAAAAAACGCGCCAAGUCCUCUACCUCUAAGGUGGUGUGGAAAAGGAGGCAAGUCAGUAACAGGGUCAAAGAGCUAGCUCCAGAAGAAGGAUGAAAUAUUAAAAAACGGUUUUUAACGAAAGAAUGAAACGAAUGAUAGAGAUGGACUGAACUUUUCCAGUUGAGAAGGUUAAACAGAUGUAAAAGGUUGUAAAUGGACAUGAAAUGAUGCAGGAACCGCUAUUAAAUCUAACUGUCUUGUACGAAUGUACAUUCAACAUACACGUAUGUACAUAUAUACAUGUACGUUGUACAUAUAUGUAUGCGUAAAACACAUUUUUAUAUUCUUGUUAAUUUAUUAACAUACACAAUUAAUUUCCAUGUAGAUAUGGAAAUAUUCAAUUGUCUACGUUUUGUAAAAUCUUGUAAAAAUAAGUUAUUGUAAUUAAUUUUGUAAUUAUGUAUUACAAAAAUAUCAUUUCUAACCCAACAUCUCAUAAGCUUCCCUCAGCAUGUUUUUUU